AAUUAAAAACAAAUGAAUUAAUAAGAAAUGUAAAAACCCAGAAUGCGGAUUUAAUGGUUAUAUCUUUAGUUAUAUGGAUUCUUAUUAUUAUUUUCGUUAUCUGCUUGUUUAUAUUAAAUAUACAGAUAACCGAUUUACAUAAUAUAGCCUGCAGUAGUGCAGUACCUAUACGGUCAGUAUGCCUUCAACAUCGAUAUCGAUCGUUUCAAAAUUUAAGAUUUAGUGUUGUAAUUUUAAGCCUCCGGUAUGAAGUGAAGUAUGCAACGAUCACUUCAGUGGAUGAUGCAGAGAGUUCAUUUUUUAUAUAUUCAGUAUCACUACAGCAGAUCUAGGGAAUUACACGGUAUUGACCUAUGCAGAAGUCCGCAUAACAAAUCAUAAGGAAUUAAUGAAUGUAGGGCUUAACGGUUUCUUAAAUUGCGUGUCAGAAUUAAAUUUAAAUAUCGAAACGUGCGGAGAUUUGUUGGAUGACAAGUCGAAUACUAGUGAUAUCAAAUACGACGGUUGUAAAUGUGUCGUACCAUGCAUAGCUAAAGCAAUUGGAACUAUGAACGUCAAUGAUGGUAAGUGGAAUGAAAAACGAUAUUUAGAACUUACAGAGAUGAUCGAAGUACCGGAGUGGAGACAAGAGGCUGAAGUGAUUGGAAAAAAUUGCAGAGACCGCGUAAACACACAUUGUUCAGCUGGUUUUCCUUUAUUCCAGUGUGCAUUAAAACAUUCUAAAAUGCUUCAAGAUGUAGCAAAGAAUUAUAUGAUUCAAAAACAAGCGGAUAUCGAAGCUAUGAACAAUACAAAUUUGGAAUAUGAAAAUGACGAUUAAUAAUCAACCAUCACAUUAACUAUAGUCGGGUGCCAGGAUCACACACGAUUAGUUGUCGGUGUAUUUAUAUAAUAUUAUAACUUUAGACUCCACAUAAACACACGCACACAUUCUUAUAAAUGUACUCAGUAAAUAUUCGUCAAAGUUCUGUGUUAAUAAUGUAUUUAGAUUAAUUAUGCAAAUAUAUGGUUAAAAUUAAGUGGUGAUAAAAUACAAGUGUAUAUUAAAUAUAGCUAUCUUGUACUAUAUAGUAGAAUUUUAUAAUACGUUUACGUUAUUUUGACAUUAUCAAAAUAAAAUAAAGUUAUAUAAUAUAGUUAUUUUAAGUAAUAACUGAAAAAAUGUAAUUUCCAAUAGUUUUUAACAUACAUAUUCCAGAGAUUGUUUUAUGAAAUGUUCGAGAGUGAAAAAACCCUACAGCAGAUAAAUUGCAUUUUAGAAUCUGUACGGAACGAUGAAUGUAUUCAGUAUUGGCUUUACAAUGUAAUUUUCGAGCGUAAUUGUUAUCAUGGAUAAUAAUUAUUUUUUAUAGUAAAAAAAACGCUUUGAUCUUUUGCUUCGGGGUUAGUUUCUUGUAAGAAAUUUAA